AUGAAGGCUGGAGAAAGGUCGUCCCGAUUACCUGGACUCGGCGGUGUUAGACCUGCUGUUCUCCACAGCCCACGCGACUGCAGUGAAUGGAACAAACUACUCUGUUGUGGCAGAAUCUGCCACAUGACUGAGACCGGAAGCAACGCGCUCUCUAUGGGAAGCGAUGCGGUGGCCACGUGUGGAGGUUUAAGUUUCAUGGCGCCUUGA